AACCUUCUCAAAUCCAAAUAACCCAAGAGAUGAAACAGGUGAAAGAAGAGAGAAAGUACAGAGUGGUAUUGAAGCAGCAAAGAGGAACAGGUGAGUUUCCUCAAAGUCCACAGAGGAGGUGGGGUCUGAUUACAAGCAAAUACCAGCUGUGGAGAUGAAAAUGGAAAGAAGGAGAAUAGAGCGGCGACUGUGAAGCCAGAACGCUCCGAUUACAAUUACAAUUGCAGGUGUUUCUAUCUGGGUUCUGUUGUCGGGACUCCGUCUUUCGACUUUCUCAGAAAAAGGAGAUCUGAUUGAGGAAUGAUAGCGAGAUGGGGAAGAAUAGGAGCUGGUUUUCUUCAUUGAAGAAGACAAUAGGCUCUUCCAAGGGCCAGGAUUCCCGAAAAGCAAGUAAAUCAAAGAAGAAAUCAUUUGGGAAGCAAAAUUACCUGGAUGCCGAUUCACCUUCUUUGAGAGGCAUUGUUGUGCCGCCUCCUGUUCCUCAGCCAGAAGAGAUCAAAUUAACACAAUCAGAAAGUGAACAGAACAAGUAUGCUUACUCUGUUGCGGUCACAACUACUGCUGCUGCUGGGGCUGCUGCUGAGGUUGUUCCACUCACUUCUGUGUCUCAGUUUGAUGGCAAACCAAAAGAAGAAGUGGGGGCAGUCAAGAUCCAAGCUGCAUUCCGAGGAUACCUGGCGAGGAGGGCAUUUCGAGCUUUACAAGGACUGGUCAGGCUGAAAUCACUGGUAGAGCAGCCUUCUGUCAAGCGCCAAACUGCCAAUGCUCUACGAUGCAUGCAGACUCUAGCUCGUGUGCAGUCUCAGAUCCGUUCUCGGAGAAUGAGGAUCUUAGAGGAGAAUCAGGCUCUCCAGAGACAGCUCCUCCAGAAACAUGCUAAAGAACUUGAGAACUUGCAGAUGGGGGAUGAAUGGGAUGAUAGCCUGCAAUCAAAGGAACAAAUUGAAGCAAACCUACUAAGCAAAUACGAGGCGGCAAUGAGAAGAGAAAGAGCACUGGCUUAUGCAUUUUCUCAUCAGCAAACUUUGAAGAAUUCUUCAAGGACAAACCCAAUGUUCAUGGAUCCAAUCAAUCCUCACUGGGGCUGGAGCUGGUUAGAACGAUUGAUGGCUGCCAGCCGAAGCAUGACUGAGAAAGAAAUCAACAAUGACCACUCAUCUAUAUACAGCACAAGCUGCAGCCUUGCUGAAGGAGAAAUAACCAGAGCCUAUGCUCGCCAUCAACUCAAUUCCAUUAAGAUAUCCCCAGCUGGAACCCAAAAACCAUGCCAUCCAACUAGUCACCAGUCCCCUUCAACUAAAACCACUCUGAGGGCAGUUACUCCAUCAGUAGCUAGGAAAUUGAAGCCAGCUAGUCCAAGGGGGUGUCUUUCGGAUACAGAUGAUGACUCAAAGAGCAUGGUGAGCAUGCAGUCGCAGUCUGAGCAAUAUCGAAGGCACAGCAUUGGGGGCUUGUCGGUGAGAGAUGAUGAGAGCCUGGCAAGCUCUCCAGGUAUUCCGAGUUACAUGGUACCUACUAAGUCAGCAAAGGCCAAGUCACGGUUGCCAAGUCCAUUGGGAGCAGAGAAAAAUGGUCCACCAGAAAAGAGGACAGCAGGGUCUGCAAAGAAACAGCUUUCUUUCCCAGCUUUAUCAGCCACUGCUAAGCCAAGGCGUCAUUCAGGCCCUCCAAAUGUGAGCAGCAGCGUUAUUUCAGUGCAGAGUGUGAAAAAUGGAGGGGUCAAUUAAUUAUUCAUGACAAGAGGAAUGGAGGGAACCAGUUGUGAAUUUGUAGGAGUUGAGCAAGGAAACCAAAAAUAUGACCUUUUGAUUGAUAAAUGCGUCAUCAGUUUUUAGAAGAUCCUAGUUAUUGCCCAGAAGAUGUUGGUUCGGGUGAAAUUAGUCAGUGAGGUGAGUCUUUGCAGUAUGGUUUGCUUCCUCUUCAUCCUUCAUCCUCUUAUCAAAUUUCUUGGAUUCUUUUGAUGGUUAUAAUUGUUGGUGGUCUUGGUGGGAGAAUAAGUGGUACUGUUUCUUGAUUAUAUUAUUUAUUGUUUCCUCAAAAUAAUCUUUCAUAUUAUGUUUUGUUUCUUGAUUCCUUGAACUCAAAAAAGAAUCCCAUUUAUUAUAAUGACAAUGUAAUGGAUAUUUAAUCUC